GGGGUGCCGAGGAAGGGGCCCAUGCUAACUCCUUCCUGAUGCUGUCAAUGCCUGUGCUUGAAAUUUUAUUUCUGGGCGGCCACCCGGGCAACUUGGAGAGGGCGAGAAAGGGUUGUCGUGGCUUUUGCACUUGGCUAGAGGCGAAAAUUCAAACCAGACGUGGGAUGUAACAAAAGCAAAGGGACCUGUGAGCAACUGGACGAGUUUCUUAGUUCAGCACGAGUUCCCCCCACAUACCCCACAUAAGUCAUAACUCAAGCUGUUCACAUUCGGUAUUUCAGGCUCCUUAGCUUUCUAAGCAGGUGUCGGUAGUUUUGAUCUUAAUAAGAUACUUCGGAUGCGUCAUACCGAGUUUUUUUGGCUUGUGGUUCUGAGCGCAAGGACGUAGGGAACAGUCCUUACCUCUCUUUAAGGGGGUGCCAGCUGCUGCUUUUCUGCUCUGAGCCCCAAAAGUAAUAGUUUCUCUGUGGAUGGGGGGAGACACAGCUGUGACUGUGGAAUAGAGAAAGGGAAUUAAUUCACUUAUUUUCCGUGCGCAGAAAUGUGCAGUGAGGGAAACACGCUGUGUUUGCGCGUCUCUCCGUCUCAGCCGGCAGGAACCCAUUCGAUUUUAUGCUGACGGUGUUUAUUACUAGCAGUGAUCAGGCAAAGACGUGACCUCUCACAGCCAGGCGGUGUAGCCACAGAGGAGUGAAUAUGCCUUAUGGAAUUAACACUGGGGUUUGGUUUUCAGUAGAGAAAAUGAGGCAGAAGGAAGCGUUAACCAAGCCCUUCCAUGGCGCAGCCCUUGUCUGUAGGACUCCGACCAGCCACGUUUACAUGUUUGAGAAUGGCAGUGGGGACUCGGGGGACUCCUCUGAGGACGAGUCCCGCAGUGUGUCUCUGCGGCCCCGGCGCACGGAACGCCAGAAGAAGGGCGCCCACCACCCUCAGCCGCCGGGAGCAGGGGACGUGGUGCUGCUGCAGCGGGAGCUGGCGGAGGAAGACAGCCUCAACAAGCUGGCUCUGCAGUAUGGCUGCAAAGUGGCAGAUAUCAAGAAAGCCAACAACUUCAUCAGAGAACAAGACUUAUAUGCUUUGAAAUCUAUAAAGAUUCCAGUGAAAAACCAUGGGAUCCUAACAGAGACUCAUAAAGAACUCAGACCCAUCUCCAGUCCGUCCCCGGAGAUCAGAGUGACCUUCGAAGAGCAGCCAGAUCCAGAUGGGAUGGCUGUAGGCCCCGCUGGCCUGUCGAGCCCGCUGACAGAUUUCUUCAAGGGCAUUGACCAGAAUAUCGAGCAUGUGGCGCAGUCAGAAAUCUUCCUAAGUGAAAGUUACUGCAUAGAGCCCUCCAGUCAGCCUCUGCUGCCGGCUUCUCCAAAGAUGCCAACAAAUGGUGCAGACUGUGGAAUUCAGUGGUGGAAUGCGGUUUUUAUUAUGCUCCUGAUUGGCAUUGUUUUACCAGUGUUUUAUUUAGUUUAUUUCAAAAUACAGGCUACUGGUGAGGUCUCCAGUAGCUUGAACACGACUGCUGUCCCCAAUGACUCCAUGGCAGUGAGUACAGUUCCAGAGCAAGCCCCCACCAGAUCUGUGGUUCCACUGCCCACCAUCCCCUCUUCAGACAGGAGGUUUAGUCCAACCAGCUGGGCAGGGAACUCGCCAUAGUUUGUAAAGAAUCGGAUGGUUUUAGCAGUUGCGCUCCUCAUGUGCAUCAGCUGACCUUGGCCACAUCUUCGGGUGCUGUAUUUCCUUUUCUCUGGUAUAUGGUCACGUUUUAGAAGCCAUAUGUUUUUUGAUAACACUCACCCUGGGGAAUAACCUUGCCUGAUCCAAGACCGUAGGAGCCAAAACAACAGUGCCCUUAGCAUCCUACAUCCCAAAAGGUGCACUGAGAGACAUUGACAUCUGACAGGUGCCAUUUCUUAAAGGCGCUACUGGGCAGGCAGUGUCUUCACAGUAACACUAUGGGCCCCCAAGUUAGAAUGGCCCUGGCCGGUGGACCUUCAGCACAGGAAUCCCUGGGAUUGGCAUCAGUCACCUGGCUGCCACCUAUGGUUGGUUGCAUCCCUGGCAGAAGUGCUGUGCAAUAGUGGUGCUCCCCCCUGUUUUAGGAUGCCAGUUUACGGUUGUAACAAAUCCUCCUUAUUGUAACAAACCCACUUUUUUUGAGGCAUUUCCAAGAUCAAAAAAGCCCUAAAUCCAAAAUUAUUAUAAUACUGAGUGGCAUUAGCUCUAUCCCUCCUGCUUCUAGAGCUACUUAGUCUGACACAAAAGUGUGUUUUAAGCUCUGCCUCAUGUGACCAGUUGGCCAAACUUUGGGGGUCGUCAUCUGCUGCUACCUGAGGCGCAUGCCCACAGCGAUCACUAACAGCAUUCUUGGAAGGCUCUGGCCGGCCGGUGGCGCUGUGUAGCUAAAGAAGGACAAGCGCCCAGCACUGCGCUCCCAGUCUCUAAGGCUGGUGUUGCCAAGAGCAGCAGCAGCCCCUGUGUGCACCUGGAAGGGUGGUGCAGGGAGAUGGGGAUUGCUUCCUGCUGCCUCCCUGACUAUUAGGAAUCCUAGCGCUAUAGCCUGAGAAUGGGACUCUGUUAAAAUGGAUCUCAUGGUCAAAGACCAGAGAAACUUAGUGGGGUCCUACAAGUAGCCCUGGCUGUUCAAGGCCAUACAGUGGACUGAUACCAUCUGCUAAGUUGGCCCAUCUCCCAAGUCAAGGGAACAGUGGUGCUAAGUGUGGAAGCUUGAGGGACUCAUGGGUUGGCCGCUGAGACCCUGCCGGUAGAGCAAGGGUAGGUGGAGAUGAGAGCCUGCUUUGCAGGAGCCCACCGUGAGCCCAUGGAGGGGGCUGGCUUAGCCUCAGUGAUGUUUCUCGAACGAAUGGACAACACUGAGCUUUGGGCAUGGUUUAUGGCGUAUGAUGCAUCAGGCUUCCGGUUAAACAGAAAAGGUCUCAUGUAGCGGAAGGAACAUGUAGCCAGAAGAGUACUUGGUGGGCUUCCAACCUCUUUCGCCUCUCAGUUCUGUGAAAAAAUGUGCCCCAGAUUCGACAAGCAAAUUUAAAGUAUCUUCAAAAUGAAAUCAUCUUUGAGACCAAAUGGUUUUCAGGAUAAAAUUGUGAACCUUUACUGAAAUGAUUUGAUCAGAGAAUGUUUUUCCAGCCAAAUGUUUGUGCUAGCCCCUUUGUGCUGCCCCCGAGGGGCACAGGUGUUUCAGCAUUUGUCACCAUUCACCUCAGCAGGCCGGGCAGAGUCCCUGGGGAGAAUGACUUGCCAAGCAAAAAAUGAGUAUCUGUAUCCUUUAUUUUUUUUUUUUUCAAAUGGAAUAAAACAAUUUCUUCUGUGAAGGACAACAGAUUCUUUCAUUAUUUGGGGUUUGGUAAUUCAGAAUUAAAAGAGAGAGGGCCAAGGUUACCCCAACAGGUUCUGAGAGAGUGGGAACCGCCCUUGCCUCGCUGCAAGGUCUGCCUUGUGCGCUUGGAAGUCCUGCUACCGGGCGAACACGGGACACCAGGCAGCUCGUUUUCUCUUUCCGUGGUCAGGCGGCGACUCUCCCAUUUCACUCUGGG